CUUUUCCCGCGUUCACUGAAGGCUGGUAAACAACUCAUCGCCCACCACGCAUAUUGACAACUUCAUGUACAGAUUCUAAUUCUUCGAUCCCAAAUGCCUUGUGGGGACCCUGUUGUUGGAUGGAGGGCCCAACUGGAUUGGCAGGGACGCGCCCGCGUAGCGCCAGGUGUUCCUCCAGCCAUGCCCAACGCCAACCUAUAUAACGCCGGCUUGUGGAUUGUCGGAGGAUUAGUCACAGCCGAUUCACCAUUAUACCCAGUACGGGUGCUCUACUCACUUGUCAAUGGCUCGUUUAACUUCACUCUUAUUCUUGUUUAUUUCGGGAUCUAUUACCUUGCUUCAAUCUGGGCCAGUCAGGUGACCAAGGCUGUCCCUGACCCGUAUUUGGACGAAAUUUUUCAUAUCCCUCAAGCUCAGGCAUAUUGCAGUGGAAGAUUUGAUGUGUGGGAUCCAAAGCUCACAACCCCUCCGGGCCUCUAUUUUAUCUCGACACUCAUUGGUAGUCAAUACUCGCCGCAUGGGUGCAGGGUGUCCAGUCUUCGUUUUCACAACGUCCUAGCCCUCCUGUUCCUACUCUCCUACGCAAUAGAUUGUAGGGGCCUUAUUGCUGUCGCUUGGAGGCGGGACCGGAAUGAACCAGUCCGGAAAUGGAUCAGAGAUGCGCGCCCAAUUUCGGCAGACAUGCUGCAUACAGGCGCCAACAUUGCCCUGUUCCCUCUCCUGUUCUUCUUUUCGGGCUUGUAUUAUACAGAUGUCUUGUCGACUUCUGUGGUACUGGGGAUGUACCGCCUAUUUCUAGAACGGAAAGGUGCCCGUGCCAACUCUGCUGCGGGACUUGUGUGGUUGUACCCAGUUGGUCUGAUUUCUCUCGCCAUGAGACAAACGAAUAUCUUCUGGGUGGCGGUGUUCAUGGGAGCGCUUGAGCUGGUGAGGACGAUCACAGCCAAUAAAGUGGACUUCACGAGUGGGCAGCCGACACCCCGAACUUGGAAACACGUGGCGAUUGAGAAGUUUCAGCAAUACAGUCAUGGCAAUAUCCAUGAUAUUGCGCUGAAAAAUGCUGGUGUGAUUGACUUCAUUCUCUGCGCGAUCAGCAUUAUGGUCGCUGCGAUUUUCUACCCUUCGCUCAUUCUGACCCGACUCUGGCCAUACGUAUUGCUCUUAGCAUCUUUUGCUGGGUUCGUGGUCUGGAAUGGCGGUGUAGUCCUGGGGGAUAAAUCCAACCACGUCGCAACCGUCCAUCUCCCUCAAAUGCUCUACAUCUGGCCGCUCGUUACUUUCUUCUCCGCUCCUCUCAUCAUUCCCAUUGGCAUUUCAUUUCUUCGAAAUCUCGCCUCGCUCCUCUUGAUCCCUCUGUUCCCACGCCUGGUACAGAAAUAUCUUCUCAUUUCAAGCUACACCGCCAUUGCACUCGCUGCAACCCUGCUCGUCAUCAAAUACAACACAAUCAUUCAUCCAUUCACUUUAGCGGAUAAUAGACAUUAUAUGUUCUACGUCUUCCGAUACACCAUUCUCCAACAUCCUCUGGUACGAUACGUUCUAGGCCCGAUAUAUCUGAUUUGCGCAUACCUGGUCUACCUAACCCUUGGCGGUCCCUGGCGGCCAGGUUCCUCCUUAGUUUUGCAGACUAAAAUAUUGAAUGGAACAAUACAAAGGCAGCCAGAACACCUCGAGAAAGAAGAUAGUGAACAGGGAGGGCCAACCACGUCCUUCCUCAUCACCCUCCUUGCUACCACAGCACUCUCACUCAUCACAGCACCUCUCGUCGAACCUCGCUACUUCAUCAUUCCGUGGGUGAUUUGGCGCUUGAACGUUCCGUCCCUUCCCUCCCACGCGACGUCUUCGCCUGCCAAGCAAAGGCAGAAGGGAGUCGGAAGACCGAGCGAUAGGGUUGUCGAGUUCAUCCGUUAUUGGGGAUGGGAAGGGCAUGAUUACAGACUGUGGUUAGAGACGGCUUGGUUUCUUUUGAUUAAUCUUGUCACGGGGUAUGUUUUCCUGUAUCGGGGAUUUGAAUGGCCGCAGGAACCUGGGAUGGUUCAGAGGUUUAUGUGGUGAUGUAAGAUUACUGACAAGUGCUAAAAUGGGGUCGGUGUGUUAUACCAGAGUCGUGAGAUGCCAUGAGAAACUCAGGGGGGGUUCAAUGUGUUUUAUAUCGAGGGCCGCAAGAAAAUUUCAAUCUGUUAACCAAGUGCUGGGGGGUCAAUCUUCCUAUAGCACACCAAUCUACAUUCCGCCGCACCGCCGCAUCUGCCAUUUCCUGAUCCUCAAGAGUUACCCGACCGCCGGUUCUCGCCUGGUUCUCGAGUCUGCAAUUGCUCGAGAUCUAAAUUCCGUCGACUCCCAGUUUGAAGUGUGCGGUUUUGGACGCGGCUACGCCCGCGCAGAAUGUUCCGCAUGUAAUGCUUCUUAGAAAAUACAGGGGCGAGAUCUUCCUCGCUUUGCUUCGCGGGGACAGUUUUCUCG